AUGAUGAGCCCCAUCAUUCUAGCCCUUGCCGUUACCUUCGGGGCGGUAAGAGCUCAGACCGGUUGUGAUACAAAAGCUGAUGUGACAUUUUUAUUAGAUUCUUCCGACAAUGUUGGAAAACAAAACUUUCUUAAACAGUUGACUUUUGUAAAAGAUGUAACGAACAAUUUUCAACUUGGACAAGAUAAGGUCCAGGUUAGCGCGGUCACCUUCGGGACUGGUGCCAAAAACCAGUUUGACCUCAACCAGUACCGGGAUCAUUUUGCCUUGAACACAGGCAUUAUGAACAUCCCGUACAAUGGCGGUCAGCCCAAGGUGGCCAACGCGCUGCACUACGCGACGGGGUCGUCCUUCAGUCCUCUCCAUGGGGGACGGGCCGAUGCUCCCCACAUCGCGGUGGUGUUGACUAACCAACCCUCAGGAUCAAUUGACACUGUCAAACUCCAGUCGCAAACUGCAAAAGACAAUGGAGUUAUCAUUUACGCGGUUGGUAUCGGCAACGCCGUUGAUAUGUCGGAGCUGCAGGCCAUGGCCUCUGAUCCAGAUUCGAGGCAUCUGUACACUUCCGCCAACUUUGACGCCCUCGGCAGUUUGACCGACCUUCUGUCUGCCAAGAUUUGCAAUGAACUGCCACCUGAUCCGACGAAGCUGCCAGCACCUACUAGCUGUUUGACAAAGGCUGACGUUGUGUUCAUGGUCGACUCUUCCACCAGCGUGGGAGCCGCAAACUUCCAGAAGCUUGAGCAUUUCCUUAAGGACGUUAUGACAAAGGUGGACAUUGGCGCGAACAAAGUGCAAAUGGGCGUGGUCAAGUAUGGUAACUACCCCUCCCUCGAAUUCUCACUGAACGCUCACCAGACAAGGCCGGAUGCCCUAAAAGCGAUUGAAACCAUGACCUACCUCGGCGGUGGAACAAACGACGCCGACGCCUUCACCUUCACCGGAAACCAGGUCCUCAGCCAAUACAAAGGUGCCCGCGGAAACGUUCCCCGAAUCGCUAUCAUGAUCACUGACGGCGGGUCCGCCAACCCUCAAGCCGCCAUCGCUGCCGCCGACAAGCUCCGUCAAGAGAACGUCGGCAUUAUCACUGUCGGUGUCGGCAACCAGGUGAACCAAGUGGAGUUGACCAACAUUGCCGACGCACCGUCGUCGGAAUACUCUUUCCACGUGAACAGCUACGGCAACUUGGACAGUAUUACGGACAAGCUUAUCAGUCAAAUGUGCAAAGUAACCAAGACUCAGCCUCCAAUAUCUACGGGCCCAGGCGCGACAGCACCUCCCGACCCCUGCCAAGAUGCGGAAACCAACUGCGCUCAAUAUGGCGCCGACGUGUGUACAAACUAUGCUUCAUGGGCUCAGACACACUGCUCAAAAUUCUGUGGAUUCUGUACACCUCUUGUCACGGCAAUGCCUCCAAAGUGUGAGGACCAACUUCCGGACUGCUCCAAUUACGGACGUGACUACUGCUCUCAGCCGGGAUCUUACGUCGCACAAAACUGCCAGUUGUUCUGUGGCCUCUGCGGAAACAAUACCAGCUCUGUCGGCUACUAUGGACAGUGCUUUUACAAGGGAAAGUCCUACGCCACUGGCGAGAAAUGGUACGAUGGAUGCGAGUAUGAAUGCGUCUGUGAGGAUGGAUCAAGCGGCAAAUACAAGUGCAGUAACAGAUGCCCAGUGUACCAUGACCUGCCAGGAGACUGUACGCUUGUUGGACAGCCAGGGGAGUGUUGCCUGCAGCCUGUCUGUAACUUCAACCCACAGAUUAAUGCCCAGACCUCCAGUGGACAUGGAGUAGACAAGAAUGGCAUUGACGUGUGCGUUUACAAGACAAAGCAAUACUACCAGGGCCAGAGGUGGCGUGAUGGAUGUGACUACCAGUGUUUCUGUCAGGAUUCUUCUUCUGGAAGAUACAAAUGCGAAGACCUAUGCCCGAAGUACAGCAGUAUCCCUCCCUACUGUCACCUGGAGACGCCCGCUGGCGAGUGCUGCCAGAAACCCAUGUGCGAGUUCGACUCCCAGACUGGAUCUUUCCAGGGAUCUGGGUCAAUCAGUGGAAACGGCGUUGGAACCCAGCCUACUGCCCACCCCCCAUGCGUCGAUGUCCUGUCCUCCUGCAGCGCCUAUGGAAAGAGUGUGUGCGUCAACUACAGGGGCUGGGCCGCCCAGAACUGCCGAAGAUACUGUGACUUGUGCCCUGAUGAGCUCCCUAAGCCAGGCCCAAGCGAUCGUUGCGUUUUUGGCGGGAAACUGUACGAGCAAGGAAACACUUGGAAUACAUCAUGUGACACACAGUGCACGUGCGAGAACGCCAUCUAUGGUUACUACAGAUGCGUGAAUACAUGCCCGACAUACAACAACAUUCCCAAGGGCUGCACAUUGGUGAAAGCAGCGGGUGACUGUUGCUCCACUGUUCAAUGCCAGUCUGGUUACUUCUACACUUCAUCUACGAAGCCAUCUACAAUCGGAAACGGCGGAUCCAUCAACGUAAUUAACCCACCCUCAGGCAUGACCCAGGUUCGCCCAACCCUGCCAUCCGGCGAGACCCCACCCCCCGGCACAGGAGGCACCGGUUUUGUGCCACCCACUCUUGAUGGAUGUCUGUACAAGGGCAAGAUCUAUGUACAGAACCAGGCCUGGGAAGAUGGAUGUGGCCUCUCAUGUAUCUGUACUGACGCCUACACUGGACUGUACUCCUGCAAAGAAAAGUGUCCAUCAUACCCAAAUCUGGCGCCAUCCUGCCACUUGGUGGUCGACCCCAAUGAUGAGUGUUGCAAGAGGCCAGAUUGCACACCAGACCCGGUCACCCACCAGAUUCCUAUUCAGAUCCCCGUUUUCCUGCCCGCCACCCAAAACCAUGUGGGCGUCGCCCCACCAGCUUACUCGCAGUUGAUAUCUGGACAAUACACUGCUGAAGUCACGCUCUACCCACCAGGAAUCACGCCCGCCCCACCCACUGUCAACCCAAACAACGUUCACCCCGGAGGCGUCGGAUACUGUACCUAUAAUGGACAGAAGUACACACAGGGCCAGACAUGGGAAGACGGAUGCAACUUCAACUGUAUCUGUGACGAUGCGAGUCGCGGCCAUUACCAGUGUACUGAGAAAUGUGUCCACUACCCACCUCUCCCUCCAUCCUGUUACAUGAUCAAGGAUCCGGUUAACCCUUGUUGCGACAUUCCCAAGUGUAACUUUGGUGUCAACUACAUCACGCACGUGGGAGAGGUCCGUACCACAACAAUGCGACCCGCAGGCGAGUUCUGUGUGUACGAAGGAAAACCAUACCAGCAGGGUCAGACUUGGUAUGACGGAUGCAGCUACCAAUGUACAUGUGAGGACGCUAAAGAGAAUGUGUACAGGUGUCUUACGAGGUGCCCAGAGUACGCAAACGUUGAUGAGACCUGCACUUUCCUGCCCGACCCCAAGGACCCAAGCUGUUGCCAGAUGCCCAGCUGCCCCUCUUUCACAACCACAAAUUACAACGGACCUGAGCCCACACCCGCACCCACGGGAACAUUUAUUGGAACUGGACUUGGAACAGGAUACUGCGAGUACAAGGGAGUACAUUACAGCCAGGGACAGGCUUGGCAAGAUGGCUGUGAUCUCAGCUGCGUGUGUUCGGACUCUGAGUCUGGACUCUACAGAUGUACUGAGAACUGCCCACGCUACACAAAUAUUCCCGAAUACUGCGUGCUGGUGACCGACUUUGCAAACCCGUGCUGUAAGAAGCCCCGCUGUAAUUUCCCACCUGAGACCUCCACAAUGAGGGGUACUGCCACGCCCCCCACAGGAACCACCCGACCCGCCACGCCCCCUCCUCCAGGCCAGACUGCUGCACCAACAACAGGAGCACCAAUCAAGUUCUGCCUGUACAAGGGAGUCACCUACAAUCAAGGCGAGACCUGGGAAGAUGGAUGCGACUACAAGUGUCGCUGUGAUAACUCUGACCUCGGACUGUACACGUGUAACGAAAGAUGCGCUUCUUACGACAACGCCCCAGCCACCUGCAGGAUGGUGACGGAUCCCUCAGACUCAUGCUGCCUUGUUCCAGUCUGCUCCCCGGAGCCCGGAAGCACCCCUGCUCCCGUCCCAGGACAAUCAACCACACCCUACAAUGUGCCAACUGCCCCACCUGGCGAGGUGACUGGAUCUGCCAAUGUCCCCACCCCCAAGACGGGCGAGACACCUGCCCCUCUGAACUACUGCAUAUACAAGGGAGUACAGUAUGCCCAGGGCCAGAAAUGGGACGAUGGAUGUGAAUACACUUGCACAUGUGACAACGCCAUGACCGGAAGUUACAAGUGUCUUGAAAAAUGCCAGAAGUAUGUUGAGCUGCCGUCCAACUGCCGUCUUGCACGUGACCCAACCAACCCGUGCUGCCAGGUUCCCGAGUGCGGAAACCCGACGCCUGCCCCUCUCUACACACCAGCCCCUAACCCCAAUCCCACUACACCCCAACCAAAUGUGUGUGUGUACAAGGGUAACUACUACACGCAGGGCCAGCAGUGGUACGAUGCCUGUGACUACGUGUGCGUCUGUGAGAACUCUAUGGAGGGAACAUACACUUGCAACGAGAGAUGUCCCCACUACGCAGCACUACCAAAGGAAUGUCGCCUGGUUCCAAGCUCCAGCGACCCACUUUGCUGCAAGGAACCGAAAUGUGAAUUUGUCAACACAAAAAAUCAGACGUCUGGUUACCUAACUCCGCCUACCCCACCCCCGGGCGUGAUUGACGGAGGCGUUGCCACACCGACCCCACCUCCGACCCUCGCACCAUCGCCUGGUUACGUUCCACCAUCAACCACACCAGGACCCAAAAUGUGUAUAUACAAGGGUAACAUGUACACCCAGGGCCAGAAAUGGCAGGACGGGUGUGAUUACAACUGUGAAUGUGUGGACGAUAUGACCGGCCACUACAGGUGUACCGAAAUUUGCUCCAAGUAUGACGACCUUCCUGCUGGUUGCCGACUAAUCACCGACCCUUAUAACCCCUGCUGCAAGAAGGCCUACUGCCCUGCCGCUGUCGUCCCAACCCCUGGACCAACACCUGCUCCAGGCUUAACUCUAGCCCCUACACCCGCCCCCAAGACAAUCGGCUGUAUGUAUAACGGCGUGCUGUUCAAACAAGGGGAGACGUGGAAUGAUGGUUGUGAUCUGCAGUGUGUCUGUGAGGACCAGAUGACCAACGUAUACAGAUGCAGAGACAGAUGCAACAAGUAUGAUGCACCUGAGGGAUGCACUCUUGUAACUGACCCCAGGGAUGCUUGCUGCAAAAUGCCGUACUGCCCCACCCCGACCACACCCGCCCCAUGGUUCCCAGGCAUGGUACCCACGCCUGCCCCAGGUUUCACUUAUGCCCCUAACAUGGUGCCAACCCCAGCCCCUGGCAGCACCUACGCUCCAGGCAAAUUCCCUACAUGGGUCCCAGGCAUGGUUCCAACACCGGCACCAGGUUUUACAUUUGCACCCAACAAGAUCCCAACUCCUGGUCCAGAUAGAACCUACGCUCCAGGCUUGUACCCAACUUGGGUGCCAGGAAUGGUACCUACCCCGGCUCCAGGCAUGACCUUCGCUCCUAACAAAAUUCCAACACCAGGACCUAAUGGACUAUACCCAGAAUGGAUUCCAGGAAUGGUACCCACUCCAAUGCCAGGGAUGACCUUUGCUCCUAACAUGAUACCGACACCUGCCCCAGGAAGCACGUACAAACCAGGACAGUUCCCAACAUACGUCCCAGGAAUGGUGCCAACACCAGCUCCAGGUUUUACAUAUGCACCAAACAAGAUCCCAACGCCAUACCCAGGAGGUACUUAUGCUCCGUUGAAAUACCCAACUUAUGUACCAGGAAUGGUUCCUACACCAGCCCCAGGCAUGACAUAUGCUCCAUGGAAAAUACCGACACCAGCUGUAGGAAGCACUUUUGCUCCAGGCAUGUACCCAACAUACGUUCCCGGAAUGGUACCGACUCCAGCACCUGGUAUGACAUAUGCCCCUAACAAGAUUCCAACACCAGCUCCAGGCAGCACAUACAAACCAGGAUAUUUUCCAACUUGGGUACCAGGCAUGGUUCCAACCCCUGCUCCAGGAUUUACCUUUGCACCUAACAAGAUUCCAACCCCCGCUCCGGGUUUCACAUAUUCACCAGGACAGUUCCCGACAUGGGUUCCAGGCAUGGCCCCGACCCCAGCUCCAGGAUUCACAUACCCACCCUACUUGAUGCCCACACCUGCUCCAGGUCAGACCUUCGCCCCUGGAUACUUCCCAUCUCCAAGCCCUCAGCCAACCCCUGCACCAGGAAAAACGUACGCUCCAUAUGUUCCAGGCCAAGUGCCGACUCCAGCACCAGGAAUGACAUACGCCCCCAACUUGAUCCCUACACCAGCACCAGGAUCAACAUACGCUCCUAACAUGUUCCCGACAUAUCUCCCAGGUAUGGUUCCCACUCCAGCCCCAGGUGUAACAUUUGCUCCAUGGUUGGUUCCAGGCAUCACCCCAGCUCCAGGCAAAACCUAUGCUCCAUUCCAAUACCCAACAUGGGUUCCAGGAAUGGUUCCAACACCUGCUCCAGGAAUGACCUUUGCACCAAACAAGAUUCCAACACCUGGACCUGACGGACGUUACCCAACAUGGGUUCCAGGUAUGGUACCAACACCAAUGCCAGGAAUGACAUUUGCUCCUAACAUGGUACCAACGCCUGCCCCAGGAAGCACGUAUAAACCAGGACAAUUCCCAACAUACGUUCCAGGAAUGGUGCCAACACCAGCUCCAGGUGUUACAUAUGCUCCGAACAUGAUCCCAACACCUGGCCCAGGUUUAACCUAUGCUCCACUAAAAUUCCCAACAUGGGUACCAGGAAUGGUACCAACACCAGCUCCAGGAAUGACCUUUGCACCCAACAAAAUUCCCACACCUGGUCCAGGAUACACAUAUCCUCCAGGCCAGUUCCCAACAUGGGUUCCUGGAAUGGUACCUACUCCAGCUCCAGGUGUAACAUAUGCACCAAACAUGAUUCCAACACCUGCUCCAGGAAGCACAUAUUCACCACUUCAGUUCCCAACCUACGUCCCAGGAAUGGUACCAACACCUGCACCGGGUGUCACUUAUGCUCCAUGGAAAAUCCCAACACCAGCUCCAGGCAGCACAUACGCACCAGGCAAGUUCCCAACAUGGGUCCCAGGAAUGGUACCAACACCAGCUCCUGGAAUUACCUUUGCUCCUAACAUGAUUCCAACUCCGGCCCCUGGAUACACCUACUCUCCCGGCCAGUUCCCAACUUGGGUACCAGGAAUGGUGCCAACUCCGGCUCCAGGUGUAACAUAUGCACCAAACAUGAUCCCAACACCUGCCCCAGGUAGCACAUAUUCACCACUUCAGUUCCCAACCUACGUCCCAGGAAUGGUACCAACACCUGCACCGGGUGUCACUUAUGCUCCAUGGAAAAUCCCUACACCAGCUCCAGGCAGCACUUACGCACCAGGCAAGUUCCCAACAUGGCUCCCAGGGAUGAUUCCAACUCCAGCUCCUGGCGUUACCUUUGCUCCUAACAAGAUCCCAACUCCGGCCCCUGGAUUCACCUACUCUCCUGGCCAGUUCCCAACAUGGGUACCAGGAAUGGUCCCUACACCAGCUCCAGGAGUCACAUUUGCUCCAAACAAGAUUCCAACCCCCGCUCCAGGUUUCACAUAUUCACCAGGACAGUUCCCGACAUGGGUUCCAGGAAUGGCCCCAACCCCAGCUCCAGGAUUCACAUACCCACCCUACUUGGUACCCACACCUGCGCCAGGUCAGACCUACGCUCCUGGAUACUUCCCAUCUCCAAGUCCACAGCCAACCCCUGCACCAGGAAAAACGUAUGCGCCAUAUGUUCCAGGUCAAGUACCGACUCCAGCACCAGGAAUGACAUAUGCUCCAAACAUUAUCCCUACACCAGCACCAGGAUCAACAUAUGCCCCUAACAUGUUCCCGACAUUCCUACCAGGCAUGGUACCAACUCCAGCCCCAGGUGUAACAUUUGCACCUUGGUUGGUUCCAGGCAUCACCCCAGCUCCAGGCAAAACCUAUGCUCCAUUCCAAUACCCAACAUGGGUUCCAGGAAUGGUUCCUACACCUGCACCAGGAAUGACCUUUGCACCAAACAAGAUUCCAACACCUGGUCCUGACGGACGCUACCCAACAUGGGUUCCAGGAAUGGUACCCACACCAAUGCCAGGAAUGACCUUUGCUCAAAACAUGGUACCAACACCUGCCCCAGGAAGCACCUAUGCACCAGGAUAUUUCCCAACAUACGUUCCAGGAAUGGUGCCAACACCAGCUCCAGGUGUUACAUAUGCUCCGAACAUGAUCCCAACACCUGGCCCAGGAAGAACAUAUGCUCCUCUUCAAUUCCCAACCUAUGUCCCAGGAAUGGUACCAACACCAGCACCAGGUCAGACCUACGCACCAAACAAGAUCCCAACACCACACCCAGGCAGCACUUAUGCUCCAGGCAUGUUCCCAACAUACGUUCCUGGCAUGGUUCCAACACCAGCACCUGGUAUGACAUACGCACCAAACAAGAUUCCCACACCUGGUCCAGGAUUAACGUUUGCACCAGGACAGUUCCCAACUUAUGUUCCAGGAAUGGUUCCUACGCCAGCUCCAGGUCAGACCUUUGCACCCAAUAUGAUCCCGACACCAGCACCAGGCAGCACUUAUGCUCCAGGCAUGUUCCCAACGUACGUUCCUGGCAUGGUGCCUACACCUGCUCCAGGAGUUACUUAUGCUCCAUGGAAAAUCCCAACACCAUACCCUGGCGGCACUUUCGCUCCAGGCAUGUUCCCAACAUAUGUUCCUGGCAUGGUGCCAACACCAGCACCUGGAAUGACAUACGCUCCUAACAAGAUUCCCACACCUGGUCCAGGAUUAACGUUUGCACCAGGACAGUUCCCAACCUAUGUUCCAGGAAUGGUACCAACGCCAGCUCCAGGUCAGACCUAUGCUCCGAACAUGAUCCCAACACCAGCACCAGGUAGCACAUACAAGCCAGGUCAGUACCCAACUUACGUCCCAGGAAUGGUGCCAACACCUGCUCCGGGAGUCACCUAUGCUCCAUGGAAGAUCCCAACACCAGCUCCAGGCAGCACAUACGCACCAGGCAAGUUCCCAACAUGGGUUCCAGGAAUGGUACCAACACCGAUGCCAGGAAUGACCUUUGCUCCUAACAUGGUACCAACGCCAGCUCCAGGAGUCACAUACACACCUGGACAGUUCCCAACAUGGGUACCAGGAAUGGUUCCAACACCAGCACCCGGUGUGACAUUUGCCCCGAACAUGAUCCCAACUCCAGCACCAGGCAGCACAUAUGCUCCACUCCAGUUCCCAACAUGGGUUCCAGGAAUGGUGCCAACGCCUGCCCCAGGAUCCACAUAUCCACCAUACCUUGUGCCUACACCAGCUCCAGGUGUGACUUAUGCACCUGGAUUCUUCCCAUCACCAAGCCCACAGCCAACCCCUGCACCAGGACAGACAUAUGCUCCAUAUGUGCCGGGUCAGGUACCAACGCCCGCGCCAGGAAAGACAUAUGCUCCCAACAUCAUCCCGACCCCGGGACCAGGACUAACAUAUGCUCCUAACAUGUUCCCUACAUACCUUCCUGGUAUGGUACCGACUCCAGCCCCAGGUGUUACAUUUGCACCAUGGUUGGUUCCAGGCAUCACCCCAGCUGUAGGCAAAACCUAUGCUCCAUUCCAAUACCCAACGUGGGUUCCAGGUAUGGCUCCGACACCUGCUCCAGGAUCCACCUUUGCACCAAACAAGAUGCCAACACCAGGACCUAACGGGCGUUACCCAACAUGGGUUCCAGGAAUGGUACCAACACCAAUGCCAGGAAUGACGUUUGCUCCUAACAUGGUCCCAACACCAGCGCCAGGUUUAACCUAUGCACCAGGAUAUUUCCCAACAUGGGUUCCAGGGAUGGUCCCAACACCAGCCCCAGGAGUUACGUAUGCACCUGGAAAGAUUCCGACCCCAGCACCGGGAUACACAUAUGCUCCCCUUAAGUUCCCGACAUACGUCCCAGGAAUGGUACCUACGCCUGCACCUGGUUUUACCUACGCUCCUAACAAGAUUCCAACACCAUACCCAGGCGGCACUUUCGCUCCAGGCAUGUUCCCAACAUACGUGCCGGGCAUGGCUCCAACACCAGCACCUGGUUUUACGUACGCUCCUAACAAGAUUCCAACACCAGCACCAGGAUUAACUUUUGCUCCAGGAAUGUACCCGACAUACGUUGCUGGUAUGGUGCCAACUCCAGCACCUGGUUUCACGUAUGCACCAAAUAGGAUUCCAACACCUGGUCCAGGGCUGACAUACGCUCCAGGCAAAUAUCCAACAUAUGUUCCAGGAAUGGUACCCACUCCCGCUCCAGGUUUCACGUAUGCUCCUAACAAGAUACCAACACCAGCACCAGGACUUACAUAUGCUCCAGGAAUGUACCCAACAUAUGUUGCCGGUAUGGUGCCAACGCCUGCUCCAGGUUUCACAUACGCUCCGGACAAAAUUCCAACCCCAGCACCUGGCUAUACAUACGCCCCUGGAAUGUACCCAACAUGGGUCGCUGGAAUGAUCCCUACACCUGCUCCGGGCCUAACAUUCCCACCUUACUUAGUUCCGACACCAGCCCCAGGAAUGACCUACGCUCCUGGCAAGUUCCCGACAUGGGUACCUGGCAUGGCACCCACACCUGCCCCGGGAUACACUUACGCCCCCAACAAGCUGCCAACACCAGCACCUUACAAGACUUAUGCUCCAUGGAACUACCCAGCACCGACCGCCAACCCCUACCCUGUACCGACAGCAAUUCCAGGAAAGUUCCAGGGUGUGGCUGUAGGAGUAAAUGGAACUGGUUGCGUGCACUACGGUGUCGUCUACAAUGCUGGACAGACCUGGCAAGAUGGCUGCAAGUACGACUGUGAAUGUCUGGAUGACCACACUGGUAGAUACCAGUGUAAGGAAAGAUGCCCGCUCUUCAUGAACAUUCCAACCUACUGUCGACUUGUUGUCGAUCCCAAUGACCAGUGCUGUAAGGUACCAGUCUGCGUGACACCAGCGCCAACACCGACCCCAGGGCCAAAAACCAACCCAACACCCACCAUGACAGUCGUUGGCGUUCCCGGAUCCACCUCUGGUACAAACCCACCUCCAACACCACAGCCUAAAGAGGGAUGCGUGAUGAACGGGGUACACUACGUUGCCGGACAGAGCUGGUACGACGGCUGUGCCCAGCAGUGCGUCUGUGAAGAUGGCAUGACCGGAUUCUACAGAUGUUACGACAGGUGUGCCAAAUACCCAUCUGUUCCAACUGGUUGCACUCUGGUGCCCGACCCGAAGGACCCGACAUGCUGCGAAGUGCCCCAGUGCAUUCCAGUACCAGGCCCCGGCCAGACCGUCCCAACCGAUCAGCCAUUUACAGUAACCGGUGUACCCGGUGUUGUGUCCGGAUCUGGUACCCCACCAACAAUCGUACCUGGAGUCGGUGGCUUCACAAACCCACCAAAGAAUGUUUGCGUCUACAACGGCAAGAUGUACACCCAGGGACAGAAAUGGCAAGAUGGGUGCAAGUACGAGUGUGUGUGUACCGAUGGCAUGACUGGCAAAUACGAAUGCACAGAGAGAUGCCCAACAUUCCCGUUGGUGCCACCCCAAUGCACCAUGGAGCGUGAUCCUAAUGACAUAUGCUGCUUCGUGCCUCAUUGCGACUACCAGAAGACAACGCCCCUCAUUAACCUUGUUUCACCAUCACCAGGACAACCCACAAAUGCUCCACUGCCACCAUCAUACUGCGUGUACAAGGGAGUCGCAUUCCAGCAAGGACAGAUCUGGGAUGAUGGAUGUACCAAGAAAUGCCGCUGUGACGAUGCUGACAACAACAUCUACACUUGCUACGACAGAUGCAAGUCAUACAACAACCUCGGCUCUGGCUGCGUGAUGGUCUCCGACCCCAAAGACCAGUGUUGCCAGAUUCCUCAGUGCACGUACGUCCCAACACCAGGGCCAACCGUCCCAGGCUCACCCCCACCCACAUUCUGCCCAUACCCGAUGCCAACUGCCGUGCCCGGAGUCAUUUCUGGAGGCCCGCAAACUAAUCCUAACACUGGCGUCGCUCCUUCCAAUGUUGGAUACUGUGAGUACAAGGGUGUACAGUACAAACAGGGCCAGAGCUGGGACGAUGGAUGCUCUUACACAUGUUCAUGCAUUGACUCCAGCAGUGGACAGUACCAAUGCCAAGAGAAAUGCCCGCGCUAUGUUGGUCUCCCGACGUACUGCAAGAUGGCUGAUGACCCUAACAACAAGUGCUGUAAGAAGCCCGCCUGCAACGUCUGCCCUCAGACUACAACACCGCCCACAGGCACAGGACCUACACCAAGCGCCCAGCCAACUCCUGCACCAAAGGAGGGCUGUGUUAUGAGCGGUAACACAUACACACAGGGACAGAAAUGGUACAGUGGUUGUGAUCAGAUCUGUGUCUGUGACGACGGGAAGACCGGAGUCUACACAUGUAACCAGAGAUGCCCAACUUACCAGAAUAAUGCUGGAUGCACGAUGGUUCCCGACCCACGUGACCCAGCUUGCUGUCUCACGCCCAAGUGCCCAACAGAUACAGGCGUGUUCGGAACGAUCAACGGCUCUGGCACACCCAUGCCACUUCUCCCAGGAACCAACCCACCAAUCACUGGCUCCGGUACCCCCGCUCCAUCCCCAGCUCCUGUCUGCGUCUACAAGGGCAAGUCCUACGCCCAGGGACAGAGGUGGCAAGACGGAUGUCAGUACGAAUGUCUGUGCUAUGACGCCCCCAGCGGCAAAUACUCUUGCACUGACAGGUGUCCACGAUUCCCCGACCUUCCGCCCAACUGUCACUUGGUUUACGACCCCGUCGACCCCUGCUGCCAGAAGAAGGAGUGUCUAACAGUGACCCCGACCCCCUUCCCCGGGAUGGUAACGCCUGCCCCUACCCCAGCCCCGUCCAGCAACUUCUGCGUGUACCAAGGUAUCCCCUAUCGCCAGGACCAGACCUUCAACAAGGGAUGUGAUCAGGUGUGCAAGUGUGAGGAUGCUAUGACUGGCAAGAUCACCUGUAAUGACAGGUGUCCCUCAUACCCCGCGCUGACCCCUAACUGCACCCUUACCACCGACCCCAACGACCAGUGUUGCCAGAUCCCUGUUUGCACCGGGCCCAACGGUUCCGUCGUCGGACUACCAGGAACCAUCUCUGGUAGCAACGUACCCACAACAAACAACAAUCCAUACACAUCUGGAACUAAGAGCGGCUGUGUGUACAACGGACAGGUUUACGGCCAGAGCCAGACCUGGGAUGAUGGCUGCAAGUUCAGCUGUGAAUGUCUUGACGCCACCACUGGACAGUACAAGUGCUCAGAGAAGUGCCCGAGGACCCCACCACUUCCGUCAUACUGCUCUCUCACACAGGACCCCAACAACAAGUGUUGCCAGGUUCCCUUCUGUACGCCCAAGACGCAGACCAACCCACCGCCCAUCGGAAGUACCCUCACACCCACACCACCCCAACCUAAAGUGUGCGUCUACAAGGGAAGCACAUACCAGCAAGGCCAACAGUGGUACGACGCGUGCGAUCUUGUAUGCACAUGUGACGAUGCCUCCAACAACUUCUACAACUGCAAACAGAGGUGUGCCAAGUACUCCAGCAUCCAGCCUGGCUGCACUCUGGUGCCCGACCCGAAGGACCCAACAUGCUGCGAGAUCCCGAGCUGCCCCAUCGUGCCUCAGGGUCCAAGCCCAACCCCAGGAAUCAUCACCCUCGCACCCCAGCCCCCUGGUGUCAUCACAGGAGGAAACCCAACACCGCUUCCUGGCUCUACCCUUCCACCACCGUACAGAGAGGGCUGUGUGUACAAGGGCCAUCUGUUCUUCCAAGGUCAGAAGUUUGACGAUGGUUGCGACUAUGAGUGUGAAUGCCUCUCCAACAUGACCGGAAACUACAAAUGUGUUGAGAAAUGCCAGAAAUACGGUGCCCUGCCUAGCGAGUGUGUCCUCGUACAGGACGUGAACAAGCCAUGCUGCCAGGUGCCUUACUGUGACUUCACCAACCCCACACCCUUCCCGACGGGUAUGCCAGUGCCACAGCCUAUAUUCCCAACAUCCCCGCCAGGCGUGAGCACCGUGGCUCCGUACCUUGUGCCCGGACUGCCCAACACGCCCCCAAGCUAUGUGAACCCAAGCUCGACCAACAUGCCACCCUCACCCACACCUCAACCUCAAGGUUACUGCGUUUACAAGGGAGUGUACUACACACAGGGCCAGACCUGGGACGAUGGAUGUGACAAGCUGUGCCGAUGUGAGGAUGUCAUGAGGGGAUACUACACAUGUUCUCAGAGAUGUCCCACAUACCCGCCAUCAAGCUGCCCCAUGAAGUCUGACCCCAACGACAGAUGCUGCCUGAUGCCGGACUGCAAUAAUGCUAUCCCAACUCCCAUGACCACACCACCACCAGGCCAGACGACCAUGGUUCCGACCUUCACCUUGAAGCCGGUUACCGGUGGUACGAUCACAGGAAAUAACGGUGGAAACCCCGUCUACGUCCCACCCAUGCCUGGCCAGUCUACCUCAGGAUCAACACCUGCCUGUGUAUACAAGGGUAUGUUGUACACCCAGGGAAUGACAUGGAAUGACGGAUGUACAUUCCACUGCGAGUGUGUGGAUGCCUCUCGAGGACAGUACAAGUGCUCUGAACGUUGCCCGAAAUAUCCGGAACUGCCGCCAUCAUGUGAACUGCGCCAGUCCGCCACCGACGUGUGCUGUAAGGAACCACUGUGCCACAACUACAUUCAGCCAACAACACCUGCCCCACAGACUGUCGCCCCCGUCACUGAUAAACCCAUAGACAAGUGCAAGUACUUCGACGGUACCCUGUACAGCCAGGGUGCUAAAUGGCAGGACGGAUGCUCGACGGAAUGCGUAUGUAACAACGCGGCGCUCAACCAGUUCAACUGUGAUGAGAAAUGCCCAGUGUACUCUGGCCUUCCAAAGAUAUGCACACUGAUUACCGACCCCGCCAAACCAUGCUGCAAGAAGCCUCUGUGCACGCUGGUCAGCGGUAGCACCCUUUCUCCAAUUUAUGGUAACGCCACGCCCCCGCCCAAGUCCCUUGAGGUACUGCCGAUCGGAACCCACACAGUCAACAGCGGAUACGGCAAGCCCGCAACUAGCCCAGGCAUGACUGGCCAACGUCACGAAUGCUUGUACAAGGGAACAAUCUACCAGCAAGGACAAUCGUGGAAUGAUGGUUGCGACUAUGUCUGUACUUGCGAGAAUGCUGACAAGGGAAUGUACAAGUGUACCUCUAAGUGCCCGAAAUACCCUACCCUGCCAGCCUACUGCAAAUCUGUUAACGUGCCAGGCCAGUGCUGCCCAAGUGUAUCAUGUGACAUCCCAGGCUACGGUACCUACAACCCGACACCCCAGUUGGUACCCACUCCCCGACCCGCAGGACCAACCAGCAACCCAUUAUACAUUGGCUCACAGACCAAUCCACCAACCAAUGGUACCACAGACCAGAGAUGCGUGUACAAGGGCGUCAUGCACAACCAAGGUGACAUCUGGGACGACGGUUGUGAUUAUAGGUGUCAGUGCCAGGAUGGAAGAACCGGAUACUACGUCUGCACCCCACUGUGCCCAACGUAUAAUAACCUCCCGUCCAACCAGUGCUACCUCGUGAAGGCCGACGGACAGUGCUGCUCGCAGCCAAUGUGCUACGACCCGAACACCAGCAAGGUCGUCAAUCCAUUAAACAGCCAGUCAGUGUUCCCAGUCGUCGGAACGUACUCCGGUGGAUUUACGGGAUUCAGGCCAAACACCUCGCCAGGAGGAAACGUCGGUGGUUCUAACACUGCCUGUGUAUACAAGGGACACAUCUACCAUCAAGGCGAUACCUGGGAUGACGCUUGCGACUUCACUUGCGCUUGCAUUGAUGAGAAAUCUGGAACAUACAAGUGCUCAGCCAAAUGCCCGACUUACACAAACAUCCCGCCAGUGUGCCGUCUGGUAGACCAGUCAGGUAGCUGCUGCAAGCGCCUUACAUGCAACAACGACCCCAACAUCACUCUCCCGCCAGGAACCACCAUCCUUCCCCCCGCGACCACACCAAAGGUCGACCUAAAAUGUCGGGAUAGAAUUGACAACUGCCGAUCUUACGGAAGGGUGUCGUGUACUAAUUAUCCAGAUUGGGCCUCGCGUAAUUGCGAGCUCUACUGCGGCAUUUGCACACCGAGCUUCACAACACCUUCGCAUCCGUGCCAGGAUAACCUCCCCGACUGCAAAGACUACGGAAAUCAAUCUUGCUCUGGAAUCUACGAGCCUUGGGCACGUGACAAUUGCGCUCAGUUUUGUGGAUAUUGUCCAGGCGCCACCUCCGCUGGUCCUGUUAUAACUACGCCAGCUGUUCAGACAUCGUGCAAAGACAGCCUGGCUACGUGCAACCUGCUCGACAAGGAGUUCUACUGCAAGGGAGAGUAUUUCUCAUGGGCUUUGACCAACUGCAAGAGCUAUUGCGGAUAUUGUGAUUACACAACUACAGUUGCCACAGUUCCUACAACGACCCAUGUCACUUAUCCAUACGAGCUGCUCCUGAAGGGCGUUGCUGGUGCCCCAGGCCCCGAUCUCUACCAACUGUGGCACUCCGGCCAAACCCUGAACGGUGGUGAGCCCCUCGCCUCACACCUCACCAGCGAAUAUAACGGACAUUACAAGCCAGACACUUCCAACCACUGGAACAACUAUUGCUUCGAUCAGAUACGUGUGUCCAUCUUCAACAAUGGAAUUGAGAAGGCUUACAUUUUGUUCAACUCGACCGGAUCAACAAAGGAAAACUGGUUUACAUCUGACCGUAUCAUUGAUUCUUCCUGGACUGACCUGAAGACUGCUCAGAAGGAAAUCAUGAGCCUAUCAGGCGAUGCAAACACUGGCCGUGAAUUCUACAUCAGUGGUCACACGUCACAACAAAAUAAAUGCGAUUCGUUCGGCUGGAUGAUGGUAUCUACGAAGCCUAGCUGCUACUUUGAAGCUGGCGACGCAAAACCGACCUUCUACUAUGCCCCGGGCACGGGACAAGCCAACUGGGCCAUUAACAAUCCUGGAACUGGAGAUGUCUUUGCAAUUCAAGGAAGACCAACUUGUAUGGGAGGAGCUGUAUCUGGCCAGCCAACAAACCAUGCUCACCAAACCACUAUCGCGCCCACAUGCGACUAUAAGGGUACCCACUACCACCAGGGAGAUAUGUGGACGGACGGUUGCAACUACAACUGUUCUUGCGUCGACGCUUCCAUCGGAUAUUACAGAUGUAGAGAUUUGUGCCCCAAGUACACAAACCUGCCCCCUGGCUGCACGGUAGAGAAACAGCCAGGUGACUGCUGCGGCCAACCAACAUGUGCUAUCGGCCAGGUCUCAACUAUAGCACCCAUCGUCAUUGUCGGAGGAACAUCGUUCUGUCGAUACAAGGGACAGUCCUACUUGCAAGAUCAGACCUGGAACGACGGAUGUAGUCAAGCUUGUACCUGUACGGACGCAACCAGGGGUGUCUACACCUGCGGCAAUUUGUGUCUCAACUGGGAUAAUCUACCUGCAAUCUGUCACCUUGAGCCUCCUGCCCCAGGGUUGUGCUGCGAGCAACCCCGAUGUAGUCCCGCCGGUGUUAUCAUCAAUAUCCCUAUUUCCUAUAAAGACCAGUACCCUGGAUACAACUAUGUAAAAUAGUUUCCUUUAUUUUGUGAAAUAUUUUAUAUUAAUAAAUAUUUAUAUAUGUACCAUAAA